AUUGAGACUUUGGCCAACCAAUGGUAAAGAAUUGUGACAUAAAUCACGUGAACUUCUUCAAUGUCAAUUGUCAGGGGGUAUCAUAUGAUUUGGUAAGGGUUUGGUCGAUAUUUGAAAGAGCAAGUUAUAAAAUAUGUUUAAAAUAAUUCUACUGGUAAUUUCUCUAGUUACCUUAGCCUAUGGUGCUGGAGAAUUUUCAGUGUUGCACCAUCCCCCUAGUCUAGUAUUUAGAGGCCACGACCCUAUUAAGCAAAGCACUUUGGCAGAAGUGUUUUCGGCCGCUUUAGGGUUUUCAGCAGAACACUUUUCACACUGGCAGGGCUUCUAUAUUGACAAUCCUUUUGAUAUCCCUGAAGCUGUAGUAACUGUUGUAGUAGAUGGUGUUAGAGAUAUUGAUCAAAUCAAAGGUCACCAUUUCCCUCUAACAACCAAUGAAGAUGAGAGUCAUAUUUAUAACACUCUGACCAGGAGAAUUGAGGAGAGAUAUCCAAAUGAAAAUUUAAAUUUGGUCAGAAUUGAACUUGAAAAUGGUUUGGAUGAUGUAAGGAAAUAUGAUGCCUUUAGAACCAUAAAGAGUGAAAAUCCAAGACACAUAAGUUACAAGCACUUAAAACUUGAUGUGGAAGAAGACCGUGAAUUUUUAAGAGAUGUUGCUCUGUUGAAUGAAAUAUCACUUAAAGUUGAAGCUGGUGCUGUUAAAGAAGAUUUCAUUCCUGAUAUAUAUUGGUUCCGUCUAACAUCUCUUCAUGCUUUGUCAGAUCUUCAUGGGCCAAACUCUACAGAAACGAAGGAAGCAAAACAAUUGCUGCAGGAAGCUAUUAACCGUCUUUCUGAUGCAUUUGUAAAGGCUUAUGGUAACAGAGUCCUCGCCAAUAUUAUUACUAGUGAUGCCAGUCACACUAGGAUGAGAAGAAAUAUUUUGGCCACUGCUGAUGACACUAGUGACAAAAUUAAAUAUAAUUUGGCUUCCUACUACAAUAAAGACUUUCCUGUAAUAUUUAAUAUCAUUCUCUGGUUCAGUGUGGUGCUGUUUUUUGCUAUUCUGGCCAUUUGCCUUGUUACUGCUAACAUGGAUCCUGGCAGGGACUCUGUUAUUUACAGAAUGACCAGCACUAGGAUGAAGAAAGACAAUUAGACCUAACAAAUAAUUUCAACAAAAUCCCAUGGUCGUUAACCUAACUUGCUCUUUCUGAGUGUUCAUCUUAUGCGCAAUUAGUGUAAAUAUUUAGUUUCAAAAUAGUCUCUUGUUAAACGAUUGAGAACAUUUAGGUAAAAAGUUAUAUUAGAAUGUGUUUACCACCAUUCCUUUAGCUUUUAAGUACAAAAGUAUUAUCUUAGACUUUCAACUGCAUUAUAUAGAAUAGGUCUCCAACCAAACUAAAAAUGAAAGUUUUUUAAAUCAACAUCUGGUAAUGUUUAGUUUGUACAUAAUUAGUUUUAGGAUUGCAAUGAAUGUAGAAACUUUGAUGUUAAUAAAAUGGAUUAGAAUGUUA